ACCCUAUUUGUCAUUUAAUUGAUUUUUAAAAGUAAUUACAAUUUGAAAAUGAGUGAAAAUGUAAUAUUUUUAAGUGUCUUUGAACUGUUAAAUUUCUGAGUAAAAUCUGCCCAAACCCAAACAGUUUCACUGAUUGAGAUUCUAGCAGUUUGGUUUUACAGUGCAGGCUAAAGUGGAAGCCUGUGGGAAGUGAGUGUUACAAUCUGAAUUUUAAAGUGACAACUGUUUCAGUCAUUUUAAUGGCGAGUGCUUAAUGCCGUAGGAUUGCCUUUUCUAGUGUACAAAGUGUAAAAUACCUGAUCAAAGUGGGAGCUUGUGGAAAGUAAACGUCCAAAUUUGUAACCUUUAAAGAACAGCUGCCUCAGUCAGAGGAUAAUUAGAUUCAGUGAGACAGAGUCUUUAAAUCCUGUCCUCUGGAACUCUCCAGACGUCGCGGACUCGGUGGCGCCAGGUCUUCACACGCUCACAGGAUAUGUAAAGACUUCAAUAACGAGCCAUUAUCCCCCAAUCAUCGGGAUUGAUCGGGCGUUAACAAGGGGCUCUACAUAUGCAAAUGGCGGCGAGUGGCCGGGGCAGCUAUAAAAGCUUGGCUGCAGGCCGGGGAGCUCACAGCACGCUCUCCUGUGACAUUUGGUGGAUUUACAGGCCACUGGGCAGCAGCACCGUGGACAUGGUGAAAUACUUUUCGGUGGACUGGUUGGCGCAGAGCCACAACAGCGGCGCAGCGAAGGAGGGGCAAAGAGCUUCCCGUGCGCACAGACCUCAUGUUCUCUGCAUGGUGCAGCCGAGCGCACCGGCUUUUGGUAAAGGUUACCUGCAGCCGAAACCCAAGUCGUCAAAGGCCGCUAAGCAGGGAGGGUCAGAUGAGGUCAGAGAACCGCAGAGCUCCGGCGUCGGCUCACCGUUGUAUCCAGCAGACUGCUCCUCUCCAAUUUUUGAAAUGAGCGGGUAUUCCUCCGGGUACGAGAGCGAAGCGGCUUCCUCCGAGUGUCCCUCAGCGGAUGGAGGGAAUGAUGCGGAGAAAGACGCACCGCAGCGCCGAGUGCGCACCAAGUUCACUCCGGAGCAGAUCAGCAGGCUGGAAAAGAUCUUCAGCAAACACAAAUACCUGGACGCGGGGGAGAGGGUGAAGACGGCACAGAAGCUGAACCUCACAGAAACUCAGGUCAGGACUUGGUUCCAGAACAGGCGGAUGAAGCUGAAACGGGAAGUCCAGGACUACCUCGCACCCCAGGUGUCCUUCCAGCCUCUGCACCCGGUUCAGUACCACGCCAUGGCCGCGCACCAGGCCCACUACAGCGCAUCCGGCCGCGGCCUUUACCCGCUGCCCGUCUCGCAGCUGGUCCUGGCGCAGCAGCUGACUCCUCACCCCGCGCCUCAGCUCAUGAUCCGGCAUCCAGAUUUCUACUGAACAAACUCCCACAAGAGACUCUUCAUUCCGACAGAGACACUUAUAAUCCCAAAACGUGCUAUCCGAUUUGUGAGGAUUUUGUACAGAUUUUGUAUAAUUACA